CCGCGUGAGUUCGCCACUGGCACUUAAUAGCCAUAUUUGUAUUGUUAUUGUAGCGUUUGGAUUGUCUUUUAUUUUUUUUCCCCCUAUUCAACGAUAUCAAACGUGAAGACUGGGAGAUGGCAGACACAAAAGUAGAUACCAGUUCCGAGAUCCCCACUAAGGACCUGAAGGAGAAGAAGGAGCUGGUGGAGGAUGCGGAGAAUGGCAAGGACACCCCCGCCAACGGGAACGCGGAGAACGAGGAGAACGGCGAGCAGGAGGCGGAGAACGAGGUAGAGGACGACGACGAGGACGAGGUGGGAGAGGAGGACGACGAGGAGGACGACGGCGAAGGCGAGGACGACGAGGAUGACGAAGAGGCCGAGGGCGGCGCUGGCAAGAGGGCAGCGGAGGACGACGACGAGGACGAUGUUGAAACAAAGAAGCAGAAAACCGACGAGGACGAUUAGGACUUCCCGUCGCCCCCUGCUGAUUCCCCCUGUCCCCAUCCCCGACAUCCUCCUCUUCCUCCCCUCCUUCCUCUCAGAUUGUCUGUUGGAAAGAAGAAAAUGUGGUCAUCAUCAAGUAGAGUACAACAUCCGUGAAAACACACCAACUGCAAAUUUUUUAAAAACCUACCAAGACUUCAAGGCUCUAUCUUCUUAAAUACUUUAAAAGGAGAAUUUGUUUGUAUUUUUAUUUACAUUUUAUAUUUUUGUACAUAUUGUUAGGAGGUCAGCCAUUUUUUGACCGUGAUCUCUGAUGACCAGACGGUGCUUUGAAGUUGAUGCUUCACUAUAAAAUAGACUUUACUUGUGGUUUGACCAUGUCAUGUUAUCUCAACAGAAAAAACUUGUAAAAAAUCAAAAACUUAAAAAAAAUAUUCCGAGCAUUCCAGUAACUUUGUGUAUGUACUUUAGUUGUACCAUAAGUAGUUGGUUUGUAUGAGAUGGCAAGGCCAAAGAAAAGGAUUUUUUUGUCUACAAAAUUGCUGUUUAUUGUGGCCUGUUUGAUGUAUGUGUGAACAGUUUGUUGUCCAACAAUAAACCGGAAUUUUAUUUUGUGA